AGGUCUGCUACUUUUCUUUCCGAUAAAUUUCGAUUUUUUUUCUUUUUCUUUUUUGAAAAUUUCAGAAAGGAAGAAUCAGAGAUUGAAAGAUCGAAGAGAAUAGAUUGUAGAGGAGGAAGAUUGAACGAGAAAGGUAAUGGCGAGUUCGAAGACUCUGAGGAGAUUGGAGGUGGUGUCUCCAGUUCCAGCUGAUAUAGACAUUGCGAACUCAGUGGAGCCAUUCCACAUCUCGGAGAUUGCAAAAGAUCUUAAUCUCAGCCCCAAACACUACGAUCUUUAUGGCAAAUACAAGGCCAAGGUUCUUCUAUCUGUGAUCGAUGAGCUUAAAGGGUCUGGAGAUGGAUAUUAUGUUGUGGUUGGUGGGAUUACUCCAACCCCACUUGGAGAAGGGAAGUCUACUACUACUGUUGGUCUCUGUCAAGCCUUGGGUGCUUUUCUCGAUAAAAAGGUUGUCACCUGCCUUCGCCAACCUUCUCAAGGACCGACAUUUGGAAUCAAAGGAGGCGCCGCGGGUGGUGGUUACAGUCAAGUGAUCCCAAUGGACGAAUUCAAUCUCCAUCUAACAGGCGAUAUCCAUGCAAUCACAGCCGCAAACAACCUUUUGGCUGCUGCCAUUGAUACACGGAUUUUCCAUGAGGCGUCCCAAUCAGACAAGGCUCUCUUCAACAGACUGUGCCCACCCAACAAAGAAGGCAAGCGGAGCUUUGCCAAUGUCAUGCUCAGACGCCUCAAGAAACUUGGGAUCUCGAAAACCAACCCUGACGAACUAGCACCCGAAGAAGUAAAGAAGUUUGCCAGGCUGGAUAUCAACCCAGAUUCCAUUACAUGGAGAAGAGUAAUGGAUGUCAACGACCGUUUCCUGAGGAAAAUUACGGUUGGGCAAGGUCCCGAAGAAAAAGGCAUGGUAAGAGAGACGGGAUUUGACAUAUCGGUUGCUAGUGAGAUCAUGGCAGUUUUAGCCCUUACGACUUCUCUUCCAGACAUGAGAGAGCGGCUUGGCAAAAUGGUGAUAGGAAAUAGCAGGGCUGGUGACCCGGUAACGGCAGAUGAUCUUGGCAUUGGAGGUGCUCUAACUGUCCUUAUGAAAGAUGCCAUUAACCCCACUCUGAUGCAGACUCUUGAGGGAACUCCCGUCCUUGUUCAUGCAGGUCCAUUUGCUAAUAUCGCUCAUGGGAAUUCUUCCAUCGUGGCCGAUAAGAUCGCGCUGAAGCUAGUGGGACCCGGUGGGUUUGUUGUCACAGAAGCAGGUUUUGGUGCUGAUAUUGGCACGGAGAAGUUCAUGAAUAUAAAAUGCAGAUAUAGUGGUUUAACGCCGCAAUGCGCUGUUAUUGUGGCGACGAUAAGAGCUUUGAAAAUGCAUGGGGGAGGGCCCGAGGUGGUUGCUGGAAAGCCUCUGGACCACGCAUACUUAUCUGAAAACGUUGCGCUUGUGGAAGCCGGCUGUGUGAAUUUGGCCAAGCAUAUUUCUAAUACAAAGGUUUAUGGAGUGAACGUUGUAGUAGCGGUGAAUAUGUUCUCAACUGAUUCCGAGGCUGAGCUGAAUGCGGUGAGAAAUGCAGCAUUGGCUGCUGGUGCUUUCGAUGCAGUCGUCUGUACUCUUCAUGCACAUGGAGGAAAGGGCGCAGUCGAUCUUGGUAUUGCAGUUCAGAAAGCAUGUGAGAAUCAGACACAGCCAAUGAAAUUUUUAUAUCCUUUAGACAUCAGCAUCAAAGAGAAGAUUGAAGCAAUCGCAAAGUCCUAUGGUGCUAGUGGUGUCGAGUACUCAGAACAGGCUGAGAAGCAGAUCGAGAUGUACAGCAAACAAGGUUUUUCCGGCCUACCCAUCUGCAUGGCGAAAACUCAGUAUUCAUUUUCGCAUGUUCCAUCUCAAAAGGGAGCACCCGCUGGAUUUGUCUUGCCAAUUAGAGAUGUCAGGGCCAGUAUUGGAGCUGGAUUCAUAUACCCGCUUGUUGGGACGAUGAGUACAAUGCCCGGUCUCCCGACACGGCCUUGCUUCUAUGACAUCGACAUUGACACUGCCACUGGAAGAGUUCUUGGUCUUUCUUGAUUUUUGUAGCUGUUCCUGGUCUCUGCUCUCUUCAGUUUUUAAAGGUCCUUUGUGUGAAGAACUGCAUGAGAAGGCUAAUAAGAGCUCGCCCCUUGCCAUGCGUUUGGGCAUCUUUGUUAUGUAUGCUUGCAAUAAAAGAAUUUCUGAAAAAUAAAAUUGUAUUUAGUGGGCCAUCUUCGGUAAAGUCGCUUUGCA